AUGACUAAAAGAGAAUCGGAUGGUGUUACAGUGCUUCACUGGCCUUACCACUCGGUUUGUUCGUUGUUUAAUUAAUUAAUUAAAAAACAGGAGUUAUGUGAACAUUUGCAACGUACGUGCAACAACCAACACUGCUGCGAACGAAAUCAACGAGCGAAAAUGAACGUUUCAAACAUCGAGUUGCUCGAACAGUUCAAACACGCGGGGAAACUUUGGUAUCUCGUUAACCCCUAUGAAACAAUUUUCCAAUUCCCGCAUCAAGUUCCCGAUUAUCAGCAGCAGGUAUGGUUACCAUUCCUGGUGCUUAUCGUAUUGGAGCAAAUUAUUAUAUUGUUAUCUAAGAAAAAGAGAUUUCGUCUGAACGAUCAAGUGACGUCCUUAUCCCACUGGAUAUUUCACGAAACUGGCCGUGUCGUGUUCCGUGGUGGCGAGUAUUACGCGUACAUGGUAAUUUACGAGAGAUACCGCUGGUGGAGUCUGCCUUGGGAGUCAGCAUGGACUUGGUGUAUCACUGCCGUGGGGGUGGAUUUCUGUUACUACUGGGUUCACCGCAGUAACCACGAGGUACACUUUUUAUGGGCUCAGCAUCAAGUGCAUCAUAGCAGCGAACAGUUCAAUCUCGCGGUCGGUCUGCGGCAAUCUGUUUUGCAACACUGGUGUAACUUU